UGCUACCCUGAGAGGCCUCCAAAGUCUCCCAGCUACUCCAGCAGCUGACUGAGGUAAACAACCUCCACCCCCGGGGGGGGGCAAUUGCCAACAGCAGCCAGCUGCCUUUCCCCAAAUGAAAGCAAGCCACCAGAGCUCAGAAAACAAUUAAAGAACACCUGAAGACACAGAUAGGCAACAGGUUCCUCACUGCCACGUUCAUUUCUUCCCAGCCCCAUAACGCUUUUUCUAUAAUGAAGUGACGAAGAAUUAUACCCUUGAUAGGGGCGGGGGGGGGAAUAGCAGGCAAAGUGAAGCAUUAAGUCGAGUAUCGAGUUCUACACGGAGUGCUGAGCCCUGAGAUCCCGCCGCGUUCCCCCGGGCUGCUUCACACCAGGGCUCCCAGCUGCGGCUGCCCGCAACGCCCCUGGUGCGGAAAGCAAAUCAGCCCGAAAGAUAACGAGACGCUGACAAAACGCAGCGCUACUUGCACGUGGGGUUAAUUUACACAGAGAAAAGGGCGCUUUUAGCACAUAGCAACCAACGGGGCCCUUCGGACAGGCGAUGAGCUUCAGGUGCGGCUCCGAGCCGCGGGCACGGCCGUCCCUCAGCGAUGGCCGGGGGGGGGGCAGGCGCUGUGAGGGAGCGUUCGGAGCCCGCCCUGCCGCCCCGCGCCGAUCCCGAGCCCCACCGGGGCCGCAGGGUCGCUACAGCCGCAGCCCCGCAGCCCGCUCCUCGCACCCCCACACGCCGCAACCCUUCCCUCCUUCCUCCCCUCUCCGUCCCGCGUUCGCUCCUCGCGCCUCCCCAUCGCAGGCAGUUCAACCCCUCGCCUCCUCUCUUCCCCCCGCCGUCCCCGCUCCUGCCGCCUCUCCCUCCCUCCUCCCUGCCGGUGGGGCUGCGGGAGCCGCGAGGCGGAGCGGGCCGGGCGGGGGGUGGGGGGAAGGCGGCUCCGCACACCCAAGAUGGCGGCGGUGGAGCUGGAGUGGGUGCCCGAGACGCUGUAUAACACGGCGAUCUCGGCCGUGGUGGAUAGUUACGGGCGGGCCCGGCGCCGGGACAUCCGCUCGCUGCCCGAGAACAUCCAGUUCGACGUGUAUUACAAGCUUUACCAACAGGGCCGCUUAUGCCAACUGGGGAGUGAAUUUUGUGAACUAGAAGUUUUUGCAAAGGUGCUGCGAGCUUUAGAUAAAAGGCAUCUGCUUCAUCAUUGUUUUCAGGCUUUGAUGGACCAUGGAGUAAAAGUUGCUUCUGUACUGGCGUAUUCUUUCAGCAGACGAUGUUCCUACAUAGCAGAAUCAGAUUCUGCUGUAAAAGAAAAAGCAAUCCAGAUUGGUUUUGUUCUAGGAGGGUUCCUAUCAGAUGCAGGAUGGUAUAGUGAUGCUGAGAAGGUAUUUCUUUCCUGCCUUCAGCUGUGCACCCUUCACGAUGAAAUUCUUCAUUGGUUUCGUGCAGUAGAGUGUUGUGUAAGGUUGCUCCAUGUUCGAAAUGGCAACUGUAAAUAUCACCUGGGAGAAGAAACGUUCAAACUGGCUCAGUCUUACAUGGACAAACUUGCAAAACACGGUCAGCAAGCAAACAAGGCAGCACUCUAUGGGGAACUGUGUGCACUGCUUUUUGCCAAGAGCCACUAUGAUGAGGCUUACAAGUGGUGUAUAGAAGCUAUGAAGGAGAUCACAGUUGGCCUGCCUGUAAAAGUAGUAGUGGAUGUUUUGCGACAAGCUUCUAAGGCUUGUGUUGUAAAACGUGAGUUUAAGAAGGCUGAACAGCUGAUAAAACAUGCAGUAUAUCUCGCCCGGGAGCAUUUUGGAGCCAAGCACCCCAAAUAUUCUGAUACACUACUAGACUAUGGAUUUUAUUUGCUCAACGUAGACAAUAUAUGCCAAUCCGUUGCCAUCUAUCAGACAGCUCUUGAUAUUCGGCAGUCAGUAUUUGGAGGUAAAAACAUACAUGUAGCUACAGCUCAUGAAGAUUUGGCUUACUCUUCUUAUGUUCACCAGUACAGCUCUGGAAAAUUUGACAAUGCACUAUUCCAUGCUGAACGUGCUAUUGGCAUUAUAACUCACAUUCUCCCAGAAGACCAUCUUCUCUUGGCAUCUUCAAAGAGAGUUAAAGCACUUAUCCUGGAGGAGAUUGCAAUAGACUGUCAUAACAAGGAAACUGAGCAGAGGUUACUUCAAGAAGCUCACGACUUGCAUCUGUCCUCACUUCAGUUAGCUAAAAAAGCCUUUGGGGAGUUUAAUGUACAAACAGCAAAACAUUAUGGCAACCUUGGAAGACUGUAUCAGUCCAUGAGAAAGUUUAAGGAAGCAGAGGAAAUGCACAUCAAGGCAAUUCAGAUUAAGGAGCAGCUCCUGGGUCAAGAGGAUUAUGAAGUUGCACUGUCAGUGGGGCAUCUAGCUUCUCUCUAUAACUAUGAUAUGAAUCAGUACGAAAAUGCUGAAAAGCUUUAUUUGAGAUCCAUAGCAAUUGGAAAGAAGCUUUUUGGUGAAGGAUACAGUGGACUUGAAUAUGAUUACAGAGGUCUCAUUAAACUGUACAAUUCCAUUGGCAAUUAUGAGAAAGUUUUUGAGUACCACAAUAUUUUGGCCAAUUGGAACCGGUUGCGGGAUCGGCAGUUCUCAGUUACAGAUGCUCUGGAGGAUGUAAGCAGCAGUCCUCAAUCCACUGAAGAAGUGGUCCAGUCUUUUCUGAUGUCUCAGAACGUUGAUGGACAGAGUAGCUAAGAACUCGGUCAAUUAAUCAGUUAAGUUUUUUCCCAGAUUACAGGGGAGAAGUCAUACUGUGAAAUCUAAACCAUGUAGUUCUCUGGGGGCUGGAAUUUGCAUUGAAACACUGGUCCAGUCUACUGAAGAGUGCCCAUACGGAUGAAUGUGUGUUAAAUUCUUAUCAGCAUGUGUAUGGCAUGUUUAGUUCGGCUCACGUUUUUAACUUGGUAUUCCAGAAAACCCCUUCUUUUUUUUCUUUUUCCAAAAGAACCUACUUUGCAGAAAGUCUGCAAGAGAACAUUAAAUAAAACUGUUUGAGUUCAAAAGAGUUGCAUUCUUAUUAUGAAUGGAAGGUUUCAUCAAGAGCUUUCUUCUUCUGAUAGACAGAAUAAAUGCUAUACUACGAGAAAUAAUAUGAGAGAGGUCUCUCUAGUUUAUGCAUUUGUAGCAAAGUUAAUCACAAAUAUUAAGAAAAGGAAGGAUGCUUUGGCUGCUGCCUUAUGAAGAAAAGUGGCAAAGAAUCACUUCGGGGAGCAACAUACCAUUUGUGAUCCACAAUAAGUUGAUAAGGAAGUACAGACCGUAUGUUGUUUUUAAUAUCCUGAACUGGACCAGUGUUCAUCUGUAAGUGAUGGAAGAUCUAGUAGACCAGCAACCUUAGUUUUCUUUGGUACCAGCCAAGAGUGCUAAUCUUCAUAACAGGACCAGGAAAAUCAAAAGUGGACCAGCCUGCUAGAAACAGUUUUUGGACCAGUGGCUUUAAUUUAAUAUUUCUGCCCCUGCAUUCACUUUUACAGUAGAAUUAUUUCAUUUAGAUGUAUGACCAGUGCAAAAUUAUAUUCCUGUAAUAGAUACAAAACUAGGAAGUGAACGUUCUUUAGCAGUUGCGAUGGCAUGUUUUUACUUAGCAAGCUUAUACAGAUAUUAAUGUCAAUGCCACACGCAGAAACUAGAAAUGCUUAACUAUUUACUGCAGCCAUCUUUUUUUCUAUUAUUAUUUUUUUUAAUGGGCUUACUCUGAUAAUUGAGGCAGCAACUUGUUUAUACCAGUUAAUGGUUUUGUAUUACAAUCCAGGUCAAUUUUAUGUUUCUGGAGAACACAACUUAUUGUACAGUUUGCAGGGGUCAGUGGAAAAUGCCAAAAAGCACAACAGGUCUUUUUUUUUUGUGAUGCUUCAUUUCUACAUUAAACAAUAGUACAACCAGAAAUGGAUUUCCUUUAUAUUAAUUUAAAAAGCAGAAAUCAGCUGUAAACAUCCUUUAAUAAUGCCUAUCUCACUAGCUUGUCUUAAUUUUUCUUCUGUUGGGUGGGUGGGGGGGCUGCUUUGCUUUGUAGGUUUAUUUAUUUUAUUUUUUGCUUGGGUGUGUUUUUAUUUUUUAAAAUGUUGAGGUAAUACUCAUUUAAAGUGUAACAUAGCAAACUAGAAACAACUCACUGCUGUUACCUCCUUUCUUAUUAUAGUGGCGCAAACAGUGCCCUAUAGUUGGAUUUUGUCUCUUGGGUUUUCUCCAUCCCCCCUAUUUUCAGGGGUUUGUAACUUGGCCAUGGAAGUUCAGUCCAAGGUGGGGCUCAGCAAGCAAGGUUCCUACAGGACUUGGACUGGAUGUUUUGUUUAGGGUUUGUUUUUUCUUAAUUAGGUUAUAAAGCUUGGGACAGGAAAAGCUGCUUGAUGGUAUUCAAGAAAGAGUGCACAGAAGAAAUAAGAAAUUUCAGACACUGCUUUGAGCUUAAUGACUCCUUUAAGAACUGAAAUUUUCCAGGCCAAUAGUUCAUAUACCGGUGCCUUCAAGUGUAAUUUUGGGGGAAAAGGCUGAAUAAUACCAACUUGAAUAUGCAGUGAUAUGAUUAGUGCAGCUUUAAUGACUGCAUACUUAAAUAUUUCAAUGAAAGUGUUCCACAUUUAAAAACAACAACAGAGUGUGGUAUUAAGACUUACGUUGUAGUGUACCCUCAAAGGCUGUUCAAUGAAAAUUCAACUUAAAAUUAUGUAUGGAUUUAAUAUCUACUUUGUAGCAAUUUUUCUUGCAUAGGAGUGCUUUAGGUGAAAUAUUUCCAUCUCUGAAUAUCAUCCAUUAGGGCGGUAAUUAAUUAUAGAGUUCUUAUGAAUUCUUUUAUUUAGCCCUAUUUAAAACUACUUAAAUGAAGCUAACGUUAGUACCAGAAUUUGGGCAGGGGAACAUUGCUUAAAAUUGUCCUCAACAAAGUUGUGUUACUGCUGUAUUGCAGAAGGGUUUAACAGCUUCAGAACGGGCACCGACUUGCAUUUAUGAUGUCUGUUUGUGAAUGGCUUCCAGUCAGGCCUCUGCUUCCAGCUUCUGGCUAACAAAACUCAAAGGUCUAAAGAUUUUGACUGAAUUGGGGAGUGUUAUUUGACUGACACUGGUGAAAGCAGUCUAUGUGAAUCAUUGCUGUCACAUCAGCCCUCUAGUUUCUGUGUGUUUCAAGGGUUGCUUUCAAUUUGUGGCAAGUAGGAGAUCUUCCAACAUGGGGCAGGUUAGGGAGGUGUUCGCUUCUGAGAACUGAAAACAUGUUCAAUUUCUGUGAUGGGUUGCUUUAUUCUGUUUUCUUAGGCCUGCUGGGUGGAUGAACUUUUCUUUCUUUCCUCAAGCUACUUCGCUAGCGUGUUGUGUACUUUGAUGUAUUGGCUUGUCUAGAAGGGAUUCACAUCCUGAAAUCACCCCAAGUUCUUUUUGUUGGACUUCGGCCAAGAAAUGUGACUUGGAUAAGAGCAUGUGUUGUGAUCCUUGUGGAACUACUAGCAUGCUUUUCAUGUGACUAAAUCCUGACUUGUCUGUUGGGCUGAACUUCUCAAUGUAGCCCUUCAGCAAUUCCGUUUGUGCCAAGGCACCACGUUUGGAGAAAGGUAGCUGUGGCAACUGCUAAUGCUGUCAAAGCAGAGGAGCUUUGCAGGGCAACUUUGCAGCUGCCUACAAAAUGCUUUAUAACCUGCUCUGCAUGCCGUAACUUGGAACAUCCGCUGUCCUUGCUGCAGAUGGAGUCUCCAUGUGAUAACAUAAAACUGGCCUUUCUGACUUUCUGAUCUUGUUUUUGGAAGAAAUUGGCUGUCUGUAUUGGCAUGUGGAGACGUCUAAGACGUGCUGUUAGUUGUUACUCUGUUACUGUCUUUGCUGUUGUUUGGUAUCCCUGAGGAAGUAGAAAUCCAAUUGGAUGGCUACAGAAGAAGUAGAUGACUUGCUCACCCAUAAGGGUGGAAACAUCCCCAAUGUCUUUGAGGCAGAUUUCUAUGUAUUCAUUUAAUUUUAUUUAAUGACUUUGGCACUAGGUAAAGCUAAAGGAACAGAGUGCUAUCUACUAUGUUCUCUGUAUUGUGCAACUUUUCAGCACAGAACUUGCCAACAAAGACCUUGCACCUCCCUCCUGUUAGGUGUAGAACCAACAAACUCCUGUCCUAUUUUAGCCCCAGAACAAACUUUCCAUAGUGUAAGUACUGGGGAAGGAGGCUUUAUAGUUAGCCUUGCUUGUUAGGAGACCUUGUCCUUGCUGUAAUGCAGUUAGCCAACUACAAAAUGCUUGAUGACUUUGAUUAAUCAUUGCAUUUUAUAUACGCACAAUGCACCUACCACUAGGUGAGAUGGUGUUACUUGGUGCUGGUGUUAAAGAGAGAAGAUCUGGGGUUGGGACUCCAGUGAAGUGCAUCUUCAGAAUAUUUCUUAACGGUAAGUAAUCACAGAGUGAUUGGUUACAAGUGGUGAGGUGUCACUUUGUAGAAAGUUACUUUUACUAUUGUUUAAGCCCUUAUGUUUUUCAGCAUAAAGCUUUUGAAAUCAGUUAUUUGUCUCCUGUUUUAAUUGAACACUGCAAUUUGUAGAAAGGAAAGAAGGUAAUGUCAG